AUGCAUUCCGGUCACUUACUUCUCGAGGAACCCAUUCGCAUGGUUUCUAUUCUCGAACCAUCCAAGGCCAGUUUCUUUCCCGCAAUGACGAAGAUCGUUGGUACACUGGGUCCCAAAUCUCGAUCGGUGGAGGUUAUUUCUGCGUGCCUCAAAGCUGGAAUGUCAGUGGCUCGUUUCGACUUCUCUUGGGGUGAUCCUGAAUAUCACCAAGAGACUUUGGAGAAUUUGAAAUCUGCUAUCAAAUCUACUAAGAAACUCUGUUCUGUUAUGUUAGACACUGUGGGAGCAGAGAUGCAGGUUGUUAACAAAAGUGAGAAAUCGAUCUCGCUUGAGGCUGAUGGUCAGGUUGUUCUGACCCCUGACCGGGGACAAGAAGCAUCUUCACAAAUACUGCCUAUCAAUUUUGAUGGACUGGCCAAGUCAAUGAAGAAGGGAGACACAAUUUUUGUUGGUCAAUACUUGUUCACGGGAAGUGAAACUACUUCUGUAUGGCUAGAGGUGUCUGAGGUUACAGGUCAGGACGUUAUUUGUACUAUAAAGAAUUCGGCAACAUUAGCAGGGUCAUUGUUCACUUUGCAUGCCUCACAAGUUCAUAUUGAUUUGCCCACCCUCACUGAUAAAGACAAGGAGGUUAUAAGCACCUGGGGAGUAAAAAACAAAAUUGAUUUUCUGUCAUUGUCAUAUACUAGGCAUGCUGAAGAUGUUCGCCAGGCCCGUGAAUUCCUUUCUAAGUUAGGUGAUCUAAGCCAGACUCAUAUAUUUGCAAAGAUUGAAAAUGUUGAGGGACUGACCCAUUUUGAUGAAAUUCUACAAGAAGCAGAUGGUAUCAUCCUUUCCCGUGGGAAUUUGGGGAUUGAUCUUCCCCCGGAGAAGGUAUUUUUCUUUCAAAAAUCUGCCCUUUACAAGUGUAAUAUGGCUGGGAAACCUGCUGUGCUUACACGUGUUGUGGAUAGCAUGACUGACAACUUAAGACCAACUCGUGCAGAAGCCACUGAUGUUGCCAAUGCCGUCUUAGAUGGAAGUGAUGCAAUACUUCUAGGUGCUGAGACGUUGCGUGGGUUAUACCCUGUUGAGACUAUUUCUACAGUUGGCAAAAUUUGUGCUGAAGCUGAGAAAGUUUUUAAUCAAGACGUUUAUUUUAAGAAAACUGUCAAAUAUGUUGGAGAACCCAUGUCCCACUUGGAAUCUAUAGCGUCCUCUGCGGUACGAGCAGCUAUUAAGGUGAAGGCUUCUGUUAUUAUUUGCUUCACUUCAUCUGGAAGGGCUGCAAGAUUGAUAGCAAAAUAUAGGCCAACCAUGCCUGUUCUCUCUGUUGUGAUCCCCCGACUCAAGACAAAUCAGCUGAAAUGGAGCUUUAGCGGAGCUUUUGAGGCUAGGCAGUCACUUAUUGUAAGGGGCCUCUUUCCCAUACUUGCCGAUCCUCGACAUCCUGCCGAGUCAACUAGUGCCUCAAACGAGUCUAUUCUGAAGGUUGCCCUUGAUCAUGGAAAAGCAGCAGGAGUUAUAAAGUCGCACGAUCGUGUAGUCGUUUGCCAGAAAGUUGGUGAUUCAUCUGUGGUUAAGAUUAUCGAGCUUGAAGAUUAA